AUGCCCUCUCAAGCUUGGCUGUGGCAUUUUGCAGCACCUCUGAUAGCAUCCGCUCUGCUGCUCGCUAGCUACCCUCCCGGUGCACAUAGAGUAGGCUUUACGCCAGAAUGUCUUUUCAAUAAGAUCUACUCUGCACCCUGCCGUGCCGCAAUAUCUUCAUAUACUCUCUUCCCGGGUAUCCAGACAAAGUUUUUGACUGCAAUACUUAACGAGUUUUGUGCCAUGUUCGCUGACUAUGCAGUUAAUGGCCUAACCUCUCGAGAAUACCAUCGGAAAACUUUUACACUUCAUCAUGCUCAUUUAGUUGAAUUCAGAAGCCGUCGAUCCUGCUUUAGUUGUUUUAUGCGGAUGCCUGAAAAAGUCUUACCUUGCGGACAUGCUCUCUGCGAUCCUUGUAUUAGGGCUUUAGGGAUACGCUCGCAUAUUGACAAAAAUACCUACGAGAUUCCCGAGUGCAUCCUAUGCGGGGUUAACUACCGCUACUCAAUAUUCCACUUUAUACCUCCUACUGCAGGAAUACGAAUCCUUAGUGUAGAUGGCGGGGGUGUAAGAGGCGUUAUUCCGCUAGCUUUUCUUAAGCACCUUGAUUUGCUACUCGCCCUAUUGUGUUGUUUAGUAAAAGACUAUUUCGAUUCUGUUUGCUGUACAUUAGCAGGUGGACUUAUAGUAAUUGGCAUGUUCUUGCUACAAUGGAGCGCAUCUGAAUUGUUAGAAAAAUUUAAAGACGUGGCAAGCAAGACGUUUGAAAGGCGGAAAGCACUAGUUACGAGAGCCCUCUAG